UUUUUAUUGAAUAUUGUCAUGAAGUGAAAGUAAUGAAAUUUAUUUUAUUUUAUAAUUUUUAUAUUAUAUUAUAUUUAUGAUUUUCUACCAUUGGUUUUUAUAAUUGGCAUGGGGUUUGUUUUUAUUAACAUGAAAAAUCACUGCUGAGUUAUACUAGUUUUAGCUCGGGGAUUCAAAAUUUGUGUGGUAUCAGGAUCUUGAGGCAAAUUACAACUGUCUCAUUUAAAUCUUACCAAGUAUUAAGGAAAUCUUAUGGCAGGUAAAGGAGAUGCACCGAAGCCAAAGCGCGAAACAAGCGCAUUUGUCAAAGAUUUUCUAGCGGGAGGUAUAUCAGCUGCCGUGUCAAAGACCGCUGUGGCUCCGAUUGAGCGAGUAAAAAUUCUAUUACAAGUACAGGAUGUCCACAAAGAAGUCAAAAAGGACAAGAAAUACAAAGGUAUUAUCGAUGUCUUAGUCCGAGUACCCAAGGAGCAGGGAUUUUUAUCUUUGUGGCGAGGCAAUUUCGCAAAUGUUAUACGGUACUUUCCGACACAAGCCCUAAAUUUCGCUUUUAAGGAUAAAUACAAGAAUCUCUUCCUUAGUGGCGUCAAUAAAAACACAAACUUUUGGAAAUAUUUUGCUGGAAAUUUGGCGUCAGGUGGAGCCGCGGGUGCAACAUCUAUGUGUUUUGUGUACCCUCUAGAUUUUGGACGAACCAGAUUAGCAGCAGAUAUGGGCAAAGGAAACAAAAAACGAGAGUUCAAUGGACUUAUUGACUGCCUUCUCAAGACAAUUAAGUCAGAUGGGCCGUUGGGCUGGUACCGUGGAUUUAUUGUGUCUGUACAAGGAAUUAUAAUAUAUCGAGCGACGUACUUCGGGUUUUUCGACACGGCAAAAGCAUUUUUCCCUGAUCCAAACAACACUCCGCUGUUAUUAACUUGGUUCAUAGCACAGACUGUCACUACAUUUGCGGGGAUCUGUUCUUACCCACUGGACACGGUGCGGCGGCGAAUGAUGAUGCAGUCCGGUAUACCACCAGAACAGCGUCUAUAUAAGAGUACCGCACAUUGCUGGGCAGUAAUAUUGAAAAAAGAAGGCUUUCGUGCAUUCUUCAAAGGUGCUUUCUCUAAUGUCCUAAGAGGAACUGGUGGAGCAUUUGUCCUCGUACUAUACGACUAUAUCAAGAAGUUAUUGUGAACGGCACUAGUCGGUGCAGUAUUAUAACAGUCGUUAUAAUACUUUACUCCAAGUCAAUAACCAGACUCGGAAAACGAGUGUGUACGUGAAUGUUGCGUACUUUAUUUGGUGAUUAUUAAAAUACUGUUGUGAUGACUCGUUUGAUAAAUACAAGAUUUUUAUUUCAAA